AAAAAAGUCUUUUCAGACAGGGAGGGGAAAAAAAAUUCGGCGGCGACUGGAGGCGAUGGCAGCGCAGGCGGAGGCGGAGGAGGAGGUGCGGCUGGAGCUGGAGGCUGUGGCGGCGGUGUACGGCGACGACGUCCGCGUGCUCCGCGACCUCCCGCCCCACCUCGUCGUCCACGUGCGGCCCCGCACCGCCGACGACUCCUCGCAGCAGUUUGUGGAACUCUUUCUUGGAAUUAAAGCAUCCUCACAGUAUCCAAAUGAACCACCUCACAUUUAUGCUGUGGAAAGUAAGGGCCUUGAUGAGGAUCGACAGUCAUAUCUUAUUAGAAGCAUCCAGAACAAGGCAAAAGAGCUUUCCAACUAUCCAAUGCUUGUGACAUUAUGUGAGGAAGCUGGAGAGAUCCUCUCGAAUAUGAAUCAUCCAGCAGGGGAUUGUCCACUGUGUCUAUAUCCUUUAAUGAGAGAGGAUAAGGAUGGCUCUGAGUUGCCUUUCAUGAAGUUGAUGUCAUGCUACCACUGCUUCCACAGUGACUGCAUUAUGAGAUGGUGGGAAUGGCUCCAACAUGGUGAUGCUAACCUUAAGGAGCGUAAUACUAGAGGAUUCGAUUUGUCCAGCUCAGGCAAGCAUUAUAAUGUGAAUCAGAACAAAGGAUUUUGUCCAGUUUGCCGCAAAGUGUUCGAUGAGAAGGAUAUUGAGCAUGUUCGUGAUCUGUUGGGUGAAAGUACUUCCCGGCUGGAAUCAUUGACACUUGACCUGGGUGAAGAUGAGAAGGAAUUGUUCCAUUCUGAGGCAGAGCAAAUCAGGAGAAAAAGAAUCGAAUCACUUGUUAAUCUGCAGCAAGAAUGCAACGGGCUGAUUGAACCGAAGAAAGACCUUGCCAUACAACCGGGAAUGUAUGUUACUCUUCCUCCCAGCACACCAGACACAGCUGCAGAAGAGAACGCUGAUCCCAGCGAGGACACCCCUACUUCAACCUCAGGAACAGAGCAACGCAGCCAGGUAAACAACACCAGCAGCAAUAAGCCGAAGAAUUCUGGAUAUCGAAGGCGAAACCGAGCUAACACUUCAAGAAGACAGCCUCACGGCCAACCUCAUAGGCAGCCUGGUAUGCAACAGUGGCAGAGGAAAGAAGCAGACACUUCACAGCAAUAACAUUGAAGCAAUGAGGGUGUGAGGUGUUCUAUCGGUUAUGUAUAUUGUUGGUGCGCCCUGUGUUUUUUUUUCCAUGGCACACAUCAUAAUUUUUGCACUGUUGACCAAGAGAGUUAAAGAGUAUAUUGUCACACCUGGUUUUAAAACGAAAUCAAGUGCUAUCUAUAUGUAUGCCAGGAUCAAGUGCUAUCUAUAUGUAUGCUAGGAUCAAGUUUCAUACAUAUAGUGACAUCAUCAGUGAAUAAUAAUAACAGUAUCAUGUAAAUGAAUAUAAAUAAUGAGUUACAAGUC